CCCAAGUUGGAAUGCGGCGGCGGCUGCCGUGGAGGAGCGCGCACAUCCGUUACCAUAGCGCCCUCAAGACUUCUGACCCCAGUUAGAAAUUGGCCCCCGGUUCGGGACACAGGUUCCCCGUGAGCCCGAAUUUUACAGCAUUCCAAACAGCGGGGACCGCUCCAGGGUUUGAAUGGGGAUGCGGUCUCGGCAGCGCGUUCCCUCCCGACCGCUAGGGGGCGAGCGUCGGAGAGCCUCUCUUCCCGCGCGUACCGGCCGCUCUCGGCGUCGCGGACUGGGAGACGGUACUUCCUGUCGGGCUUGCCGGGAGUGGCGCGCCGCUUGUGCGGGUGCUUCUUGCCGAGGCUGUGGGGCUCUGUCAGCCAUGGAACACUCGGGCCCCGGCGAAGCGCCGGGCGCAGACGCGGCGGGACCCGACCCUCAGCUGGCGGUCACCAUGGGCUUCACAGGUUUCGGCAUGUGUAUGCAGUACUAUGGCUCAAACCCUGGGCCUUGUGGUACCAGACAAGCACUGUUGUAUUGCAUCCCCAAGUCAGAUAGUUUUUCUGUCAAAGUAUGGGUAUUUCUUAUUAUCCCUGACAGAUUAAUGUUGCUUCAAGAUAUAGGCAUCAAGCUAAAUCAGGCAAGAGAAAAAGAGGAAGAAAUGAACAGAGAGAAAGAAUUAAGAAAACAAAUUGAAGAUGUUGAGCCAAGACCAUCGAGCUCAAGUGCAGUCAGAGAGCACUCAAAACCAUCACCCAGGGACACAAGCAGCAGUGGCAGUGAAGACAGUUCUGACUCUUCUUCUUCUGAUGAUGAUGAUGAUGAGUUAAUUGGCCCUCCUUUACCCCCUAAAACGGUAGGAGAACCAGUCAACACUGUGGAUGAAGAUAUCCUGGGCCCUUUACCUCCACCUCUCGGGGAAGAAGGAGAAGAUGAUGAUGAUGAUGAACUAGAGGAUGAAGGAGAAGAGGAAAACCCUGUCCAAAGGAUUCCUGAUUCUCACGAGAUAACACUGAAGCAUGGCACUAAAACGGUUUCUGCUUUGGGUUUGGAUCCCUCAGGUGCCCGCUUGGUCACUGGAGGAUAUGACUACGAUGUUAAAUUUUGGGAUUUUGCUGGAAUGGAUGCUUCUUUCAAGGCUUUUCGAUCCCUUCAGCCUUGUGAGUGCCAUCAGAUCAAGUCACUACAAUACAGUAACACAGGAGACAUGAUUCUUGUUGUAUCUGGAAGCUCACAGGCCAAGGUGAUUGACAGAGAUGGUUUUGAAGUAAUGGAAUGUAUAAAAGGAGACCAGUAUAUUGUAGACAUGGCCAACACCAAGGGUCAUACAGCAAUGCUUCAUACUGGCUCGUGGCAUCCCAAAAUAAAAGGAGAAUUCAUGACUUGCUCAAAUGAUGCGACUGUAAGGCUCUGGGAAGUUGAAAAUCCAAAGAAGCAGAAAAGUGUUUUUAAACCUCGGACAAUGCAGGGUAAAAAGGUCAUUCCCACGACGUGUACGUACAGUAGAGAUGGGAACCUUGUUGCAGCUGCCUGUCAGAACGGAAGCAUACAGAUCUGGGACCGGAACCUGACAGUUCAUCCCAAAUUCCACUAUAAACAGGCCCAUGACCCUGGUACAGAUACUUCUUGUGUGGCUUUUUCCUAUGAUGGUAAUGUCCUUGCCUCUCGUGGAGGUGAUGAUACAUUAAAAUUAUGGGACGUCCGACAAUUUAAUAAGCCAUUAUUUUCAGCCUCAGACCUUCCCACCUUGUUCCCAAUGACCGACUGCUGUUUCAGUCCUGAUGAUAAACUCAUAGUCACUGGUACCUCUGUGCAAAGGGGAUGUGGCAAUGGCAAACUUGUCUUCUUUGAGCGCAGGACUUUCCAAAGGGUGUAUGAAAUUGACAUCACAGAUGCGAGUGUUGUCCGCUGCCUGUGGCAUCCAAAGCUGAACCAGAUCAUGGUUGGAACUGGAAAUGGAUUGGCAAAAGUGUAUUACGACCCCAACAAAAGCCAGAGGGGAGCAAAAUUAUGUGUGGUUAAAACCCAGCGGAAGGCCAAACAAGCUGAGACACUCACCCAGGACUACAUCAUCACGCCUCACGCCUUGCCCAUGUUCCGUGAGCCCCGCCAACGAAGUACGAGGAAACAGCUGGAGAAGGACAGACUGGACCCCCUGAAGUCACACAAGGGCACCCUGUCGUCCUACAUUGUGAAAAACAUUGCUUUGGACAAGACUGAUGACAGUAACCCUCGAGAAGCCAUUUUGCGUCAUGCCAAAGCAGCCGAAGAUAACCCAUAUUGGGUUUCGCCGGCGUAUUCCAAAACUCAGCCUAAAACCAUGUUUGCCCAAGUGGAAUCUGAUGAUGAAGAAUCAAAGAAUGAACCAGAAUGGAAAAAACGAAAAAUUUGAAGAAUCUCGUUUAAGAGCUGUUUGCAUGGAGCAAGAGGAUAGGGUGCGGUGUCCCGCCCCACCCCCCAGUGCUUAUGAAAUAAAAAAUACAUUUUUUCAAACAGA